AUGUCACAGCAGCCUGUGUUUGUUUCCAACAGGAAGAUCUGUGAUCCGGGUCUGACGUCGUUUGAACCAGAAGCUCUGGGGAACCUGGUGGAGGGACAUGACUUCCAUCGCUUCUACUUCCACAACGCCCUGUCUAAAGGUAACAAGCCAGUGCACACCAUCCUCCUCAACCCUCACGUCCAUCUGAUUGGUGAGAACGCUGCAUGCAUCGCCUACAUCCGUCUGAGCCAGUACUUGGACGGCGGGGGGAUGCCUCGCACCAUGCAGUCGGAGGAGACCCGCGUCUGGUGUCGCAGAGAGGGAAAGUGGCAGAACAUUCACUUCCACCGCUCCGGCUCGCCCAGCGUACCAUCCCAUUAAUGGAAUAUCAAGCUUCAGUCUAAACUCCAAGACAG